CACAGCCUGAAGCUAACGCUACUAGCCGUGUAGCAGUGCUAUGAGUUGAGUCCGACUCAAGUGCUGGGAAUGCAGCCGCCGCUGCUGCCACCUGACGCCGUCAGAGAGCUGGUAUGCUCCUGUCUGCACAGAGACCCGGUCGCAGCGGACCUCCGCUGCAGCCUGUUUGUUGCCGCUGCGCAGAGCUACAAGAGAGACUCUCUGCUCAGACCUUUCCCUCCCCGAUACGCCAGUGGUGACCAUAAGGACUUUGAGGAGUUGUUAGGAGAUGUGAACUCGCUGCCGGGGGUGAGGGAGUUGGUGAGACUCCGACCUGGAGAAGGAGACCAUCACCUGGCCCUCACACACUGGAUUCUCUCUUCAAAGAGCUUCGCUGUAAAGACACUACAGAAAGAGGAAUACGUCAAGCUCUGCAGCCUGACGGAGAAUGAAGGGGUUUCCGCUCCUGUGCCGGACUUCCUGUUUGAGCUGGAGUACUCGGACCAGAUGAACGCCAGGUUCGAGAGGACGAGAGAGGGUCGGGACGUCUUCUAUGCAUUCCACGGCAGCCGCCUGGAGAACUUCCACUCCAUCAUUCACAACGGGCUGCACUGCCACCUCAACAAGAACUCGGUGUUUGGAGAGGGGACGUACCUCACCAGCGACCUGAGCAUGGCGGUCCUCUACAGCCCCCACAGCAGCGGCUGGAGAGAGAGUCUCCUGGGCCCGCUGCUGAGCUGCGUCGCCCUGUGCGAGAUCAUCGACCAUCCAGAUGUGAAGUGCCAGGUGAAGAAAAAAGAUUCUGAAAUCAUCGAUCGCCAGCGCUCACGAGCAAAGAACAGCGAAGGAGGGGACGUCCCGCAGAAAUACUUCAUCGUCACCAACAAUCAGCUGCUGAGAGUCAAAUACCUGCUGGUUUACUCUCAGAGGAGGCACCUGUCCAGACAUUCCCGCAGCAACUCGUGGCUCCUCAGACACCACUUUGCCAUCAUGAUGAGUCUGUACCUCCUGCUGCUCGUCUUCAUCGGUGCCUUGAACUCCACCACCUUCGUGUCCUUCUGGAACAGACUUUUCAGGUGACGCCGCAGCACAACAGACGGCCCGGAUGCAUGUCUGCGUCCCGCAGUGCCUUCCUGAUCGCCCUGACUGGAGGCCCGAGCAAAGUCUAAAGUUUUAUGCACCUUUAUACUGUUUUCUUUCUACAAUAGUUCUUUGGUCUGUACAGGUUGCUUUAAUUACUGUUACUCUAAAAUGUUGUUUUUCUUCUAAUUUUCCUUUAAGCCAGUGGGAGACUUUUGUGUAAUAAUUUAGCUAAAAUGUUUAAGAGGCUUUCUGUCUUCUAGAAUAUUUCUGUUUUUUUCUAUUAAGGACACAAAAGGACUUCCUGAAAAAUUAGGAGAGCUUCACAAUCAUCUUAUUUGAAGAAUCAUGAAGAAUAGAGUCACUUUGAACAAGCAUCUCUGUGCCUGUUAUAUUUUUAUGUUUUAAUUCAUGAGAAUUUCUAAUGGGAAGCAUUGUUUGAACUGAUGUUCCUGAGUUCUACAAUAAAUGAUUCCUUUCUAGUUUUGACCGUUUCUUUUGUGUGAGAAGAAUAAAUAUGGAGGUGAUGACGAUUUAGAUCAAGAGAGGGAAAA